GCUCGCAGUCUGCUGCGGUCACUCUAUUCGAACGGAACGGAAUAUUUAUCGCGGAUUGUCGCGUUAUUUCGUUUGUGUCGCGCCUCCAUCAAACUCACCUUAAAAAUUAACACUCAAAUCGUAGAUUACGAGCUCUGUGCGGUGUUAUCAAAAAUAACGGAAUUAAUUCAUUACGGACGCCUACGCCAGUCGUUCUUCCUCUUUUUCCACUGCGCGCGUCGCUUAUUUUUACCUGCAGCGCAGUCGCGACAGCUGAAAAUUAAUAAAACGAAGAGAAAAGUGUAAAUUGGAUCACAAUUGGUAACAAAAAGUCUAUGCGAUCGAUCGCCAGUUGUUUUAUACAUCAACAACAACAAAGCAAACCAGUUAUUAGAUGUUUUUGUGAAUAGUGUAAAUCAAAUUCUCGGCUCAUACCUACACACACACCAAAUACAUUCCCGUAGUUCCUAUUCAGAUCCGAUCGGUUCUUCGACUCGCAGAUCACAGAAAAUAUGCAAAAUUAAGCCAAGAGGAGCGUAAAUUCGUGCGCAAAUCGUGGGCGCAAAAGUGUCGUCAAAACGGGGAAAAUAAUCAAAGUUAACAGUAAUAUCCUGUUGUGUAAAUAAAAGGCUUAUACAUACACACACAGUCGCAGAAGCAACAAACAAAGGAGGAAAAAGCGGCAAGAUGAAUAAAACCUGUGCCCGUUGCCAAAAGGUGGUUUACCCCAUCGAGGAGCUUAAGUGUCUGGACAAAACAUGGCACAAAACGUGUUUCAAAUGCACAGAAUGCGGCAUGACGCUCAAUAUGAAAACCUACAAGGGCUACAACAAAAUGCCCUACUGCGAGGCACACAUCCCGAAGGCGAAGGCAACGGCCAUUGCCGAUACGCCCGAAUUGAAGCGCAUCGCGGAGAACACCAAAAUCCAGUCCAACGUCAAGUACCACGCGGACUUUGAGAAGGCCAAGGGCAAAUUUACACAGGUGGCCGAUGACCCGGAAACGCUGCGUAUCAAACAGAACACGAAGCACAUAUCGAAUGUGGCAUAUCACGGGGAUCUGGAGAAGAAGGCGGCCAUGGAGAAGCAGCGAGGAUCCGCCGAGGUCUCCGACAGCAGCAAUGAAUCGGAAUACUUCUCAGAGCAAUUGGCAGCUGAACAAUUCUCGCAAUAUGCACCCACAGCCUCACCCAUACCGCCAGCAGCGACAACACUACACCAGCAACAACAACAGCUGCAACACCAACAGCAGCAGCAGUACCAGCAACAUCAGCAGCAACUGCAGCAGCAGCAACACCAACACCAACACUAUCUGCAACAGCAGCAACAGACUCUGCCACCGCCACCCAUACAACACCAGCAAUACAACACAGCGGCCAUAACGCCCACAUACCAACAACUUCAACAGCAACAGCAACAGCAACAGCAACAGCGGGCACAGCAGCAGCAACUGCACGAUCCCUAUGCACACUACCAACAACCGCAGGCGCUGCGCCAGCAACAGCAACAACAACAACAGCAGCAACAACAGUUGCUGCAACAGCAAGCCAUUAAACAAGCCUCACAUCUGUAUCCCACAGCAACAUCCCAGCAGCAACAGAUGCCGCCACCACAGUCGCCGGCGAAUCCGCAGCAGCAGGCGCUCAACAGCUACAACGAGAUGCGCUCGGCCAUACUCCAGAACUCGCAUCAUCCCAGCGGCAAUUCCGUGGAUCAGUACGACCAGCCACAGCAGCAGCAACAUCAGCCGCAACAGCAGAGCACCAACCCCACGCUGGUGGCUGCCCAACAGCAGCAAUCCCAUCAUAGCCUACUGAACAACAAUGCCAGCAACGGCGGCAUUUCGCACAGCCACCACAGCAACAUCAAUAAUAAUGGACACGGCUCACAGAACCAAAUGUUGCCGCCACAAAUGAGACGCUCGGCGGCCAGUGUCGUCGCCUACGAUGGCAAUAGCAAGCAACAAGUGGCAGCCGGCCCAGGAGCUGCCCAAAAUCACCUGCAGCAAUUAUACGCGUCUCCCAAUUACGCCGCUGUGACUCCAUCUGAGAAUUCAAUAAACGUUAAGCAGCACGCCAGCAAUGGCCAUAUGCCGAACCAGCAGCAACAGCACGUGGCAGGCGGCAGCAAUAUCGGGAAGAUAGCGGACUACGAUCCACUGACGGAUGGACCAAGGGUGGUGCCCAAUGCCGGACGGUCCAGCACCACUUUGGUCUACAGCUCCGAGCCACGUGGCAAUCAAGGUGGCAACAGCGUUUACCCCAAGCGGAUUGGUUCGGUUUCCGAUAUUGAUCCGGCCAAUGGCAUCUACGGAUCGCUCACCGCCGCCGAGCAGGCUCACCAGCAGCAGAAGCACCAGCAGUACUACCAGCAGGUACAGAUGAUGCAGCAGCAGGAGCACCCGCCGCAGCAACAGCAGAUGCGCCAGCAGCCAUCCUACUCCUCCCUGCAGGAAAAACAAUCGCGCCAGAGCACAGCAAUGCGCGUCUAUCGGGCCAUCUAUGACUAUGAGGCGCAGGACGUCGACGAGGUCAGCUUCCGCGAGGGCGACGUCAUCUUUGAGGUGGAGUCAAUCGAUUCCGGCUGGAUGACCGGACGUGUGGAGCGUACCGGCAAGACCGGCAUGCUGCCCGCCAACUACGUGGAGCAGGCGGUUAUAUAAUAGGGAAUGUUCUACUACUGCUGCUGCCGCCAGCAGUUUGUGGUGAUCCUCGUCUGCCUGCUCUACAUCCUGCUCGUGCUCGCCUUCUUCGUCAACGUUUUUAUCGCGGAUCGCAACAUGCACGCGAAUCUAAUGAUGAGGAACGGUCGGCACGGCGGAGGUGGAGGAAUCCCUCCGCCAGCAGGCAUGCAUCCGGGUCACCACAAUCCGUACGACAUGCAUGGCUACAACCACUACAGCAACUACCAUCCGCAAGUGGAUUCCAAGCAGCAGCAGGAGUUGGCCAAAAAGACGCCGCAGCAGCAAGCCGAGCAGGACAUUUACUACUAUUUUAAUCAUGUAUUCAGGCGGCGACGGCGAUGAUGUGGAGGAGUCACACGCCCCAACCAACAGCCCAAAAUUUAAAUUUUUAGUGCAUUAACUUAUACUGCAUCCACUACAUACAUAGAUAUAUAUAUAUAUAUAUAUAUACUAUAUAUAGCAAAGCAGCGGAUUAUGUAAAAAGAGAAGAGGGAAAUUAAUUAAUUAAUUUUAAAUUUAUUAGUAAUCCAACCAAGAACCAACAAUCCGAUAUCCAUCUUAUUAAAUAAACAAAGCCACAGCAGAGUUAUGAGAAAUCAGCCAGAGAGUCGAAUGUGUUUCAGCUAUGAAUCGGCUAAUAUAUGUCAGCGGAACAUAUAUCUGCACCGAUUCCAAUAAGAAAUUGAGCGACCAAGCUAACCCAGCCAAGUUUGCAUUUAUCUACAGCCCUUAAUAAAUCAAAUUUAUACAGAUAUUUAUUGAAGAAUAUACAAAACGUUAACCAACUAAUCGUACACUAUAGCUUACCAAUCAUAUACAAGUACGGAUAUCUAUAAACAAUUCGAUUAGCUAAAGUGCUUCAGCAUAACAUGUUGUGGAUAGCAAAAUCCCAAGGCAAAGGUUUUCUAAUUUAAUUAGAAGUUCUCAAAGUAAUACUUACACGGGGCAAUAGCGCUAACACAAAUUUCCCCCGAGUUUUCUUCGGCUUUCUGAAAGCUUUUCGCAUUAGCAGCAAUCCACUCGGAUUCUGAUCGCGUCCUUAUCCCUACAAUUUUGUCAAUUUAUCUGUGUAAACGAGGAGGACUUGAAGGAUAUUGUUCUUGUUUUUGCGGGGGAAAUUCAUGUUUUUAAUAUAUAAAUAUUUUUGUUAAGAGAAUAAUAAUUAUAUAUUGUUUGUUUCUAGUGUUAAAUUGAAGAAAGAGAAUAAGGUGGAGAUAUCGUUUCGUUUCACAAAAGAAAUCCUUGAAAGUGCCUUUAAUUUGCUAAAACGUGUUUUUUAGAUAAAACCAAUUUACUAGGCUUAUCAAUAAUAAUGCAUUAAAGAAUCAAUAAAAAAAAAUAUACUUAUACUGUAACUUAUACAUUUUCAUACCAUACGCGAGCAAUGGAGAACGAAUUUCUAACGCAAAUAAUGAAGCAAUUUACAAACGGCAACUAAAACUAAUUUAAUAUGUGAUUGCAGGAUCGUUUUUCUAUGGCAAGUCAAGCUAUAUAUAAUGUAUUAUUAACUUAACUUACAAGACACUCACACACACACACACACACACACAUGCAUAGCUAUAGACAGCAAUUAAUAACAAUUAUAUAGGCAUAAUGCAAUUGGAAAUGCUUCGAGUGGAAAGAAAUCACCUAACAAAUACUUGAAUUAAUCUAAUCUUAUCCUGAAAUAGAAGCAGCGCCAAAGGCUUCGUUUUGUGAACGUGUUACAAAUCAAAUAAAAAUUUAUGAAAAUUUAAAACUCAUUGUUUUCGG